UACCGCUGCACCGUGUACACACCGGAGUGAAAAAAAAAAGAGAGUACUCUUCGCAGGCUUUUCGGAGUAAAAUGUAAAGCUCACUUUCGAUCGGGCGUCGAAUUAUGUCGCCAAGGCGCAGCGACAACUUUGUUUUGUGCGGUUUGGUGGUGUUGGUUUUGUUGUUCAGGGGUUGUGAAGGCGGCAAAAGGCGGCAUCACAAUUGGAACGGCGGUAACGGCAGUUAUAUGCAUCAGAAUGUUAGGACUAGCGCGUUCGUUUUGUCUAAGGAGGAUGAUUUUGCCAAAGGGAAAAUAUGCAUCGGAACCAAUGGACGAAUGUCGGUGCCGUCGAACAGGGACCACCAUUACCGGAAUCUGAAAGAUCGCUUCACCAAUUGUACGUACGUGGAUGGAAAUUUGGAACUCACCUGGCUGCAAGACAACAAUCUGGAUUUGAGUUUUUUGCAGUACAUACGCGAAGUGACCGGUUACGUUCUAAUAUCACAUGUGGACAUUAAAAAGUUGAUUCUACCCAGGCUGCAAAUAAUCAGGGGACGUACUUUGUUCAAAAUGAACCAGCACGAAGACGAUUACGCUUUGGUGAUAACCUUAAACAAAAUGUAUUCUGUAGAGCUUCCUUCAUUACGAGACAUUUUAAAUGGUAGUGUUGGCAUUAUAAACAACUACAAUCUUUGUCACAUAAAAACAAUAGACUGGAAGGAAAUAAUUUCGGAACCAAAAGCCAGAGAUGUCUACGUUUACAAUUUUACUUCAAACGAACGCGAAUGCACUCCUUGCCAUAAAGACUGCACUAGAGGUUGUUGGGGUGACGGUUACGAAAACUGCCAAAAAUUUUCAAAAACAACUUGCAGCCCUCAGUGCGCUGAAGGCAGAUGCUUUGGACCCAACCCCAGAGAAUGCUGUCACCUGUUUUGUGCCGGAGGCUGCACUGGACCCAAACAAAGCGAUUGUAUCGCCUGCAAAAACUUCUACGACGACGGAGUUUGCACCAACGAUUGCCCUCCGAUGCAAAUCUACAACCCUAUAACCUAUUCAUGGGAAGCUAAUCCUAAUGGCAAAUACGCUUACGGAGCCACGUGUGUCAAAAAAUGUCCCGAACAUCUACUAAAAGAUACAGGAGCUUGUGUGAGAAGUUGUCCGCCUAAUAAAAAAGCUCAAGAUGGUGAAUGCGUUUUGUGUGACGGACCUUGCCCGAAAACUUGCAAAGGUUACACUACAGUCAACUCGGGCAAUAUUGACUCGUUCAGAGGCUGCACUGUAAUCGAAGGCUACCUGAACAUACUGGAAAACACUUUCAAUGGUUAUCAGCACGUCUACCCCAACUUCACUUUCGGCGAUAGAUACGCAGUAAUGGACCCAGACAGGCUGGAAGUUUUCAGCACCCUCAAAGAACUCACCGGCUAUCUAAACAUCCAAGCCUACCAUACAAAAUUCAAAAACCUCUCAUACUUCAGGAAUUUGGAAAUAAUUCACGGCAGAGAGCUGCACGAGUAUUCUUCGUCUUUGUAUAUAGUGAAAACUUCCUUGGAAUCUUUGCAGCUUAAAAAACUCAAGAAAAUCAACAUGGGCACGGUAGCAAUACUGGAAAAUAAGCAUUUGUGUUUUGCUGAGGCAAUCAACUGGGACAAAAUCCGCAAAAGCCAUGAGCAUUCGCUAAUGCUGUCAAAUAACAGUGAUCACAAAACUUGCGUCGCUAAAGGCUUGGUUUGCAACGACCAGUGCAGCAAAGACGGAUGUUGGGGACCUGAAGCUGAUCAAUGUUUGUCGUGUGUUCAUUACAGAUUAGGCACGAGGUGUUUGCAGAAUUGUAGCAUCGAACCUGGAAUUUACCGAGCCGAUAAUUACGAAUGCAAACCGUGCCAUCAACAGUGCGGCGCCUCUUGUCACGGACCCGGUCCCGACAAUUGUACCACCUGUAAAAAUUACCAGGACGGUCCGUUUUGCGUGGCGAAUUGUCCCACGAACAAGUACGAGGAAAAUGGAAUUUGCAAGCCGUGCCACAGCACUUGCGUGGAUGGAUGUACUGGUCCUAAAAACACCGUCGGCCAAGGUGGCUGCACUUCGUGCGAAUUGGCAAUAAUGAACGAAAACACCACAGUGGACAUUUGUCUGCACCAAAACGACUCUUGCCCGGACGGUUACUAUUUCGAAUGGGUCGGACCACAAGUGCAAGAAGAAUCUUCUUUGAAAAGUUUAACAGGCAAAGCGAUUUGCAGAAAGUGCCAUCCCAGAUGCAAAAAGUGCACAGGUUACGGCUUCCACGAGUUGAUUUGUCAAGAGUGCACCAACUUUAAAAAAGGCGAACAAUGCGAAGACGAGUGCACCUUGGAUCACUAUCCGGAUAUAGCGACGCACGUUUGUAUUGCUUGCGAUCCAGAGUGUAGAGGCUGUCAAGGUCCUGGACCAGCAAAUUGUGUCAUUUGCCAAAACUUCAAACUAUUCGACGAUGGCUACAUGGACCCCAAUAACACCUUUACUUGUAUUCAAACUUGUCCACCGGAAUUCCCUCAUCGGAUAUUUCCAGAAAAUUCUGAAUCCUAUUGCUCGGACAAACCAGAAAGCUUUGCCUUAUUGUCAGCUAAAAGUCCUACAUAUGUUGCUAUUAUAGCUGUGGGUAUUGUAGCAGGUAUUUUGGCAAUAGUUACUAUUGUAGGUGGUUUUGUUUAUUGCCAAAGAAAAGAAAAGAUCAAAGAAAGCGCAAUUAAAAUGACUAUGGCGAUGGCUUUGAAUACAAUUGAAGAUAAUGAGCCUUUGAGCCAAAGCAAUGCCCAACCAAAUGUAGCUCAUUUACGUAUAAUCAAAGAAACUGAAAUACGCAAAGGCAGCACUUUGGGAUUUGGUGCGUUUGGUGUUGUAUAUAAAGGCGUUUGGGCUGUAGACGGUGAAAACUCAGCUAAAAUUCCAGUUGCAAUAAAAGUCUUACGCAACGACACCACCACAAAUAACAGCAAAGAGUUUCUAUCAGAAGCUUACAUCAUGGCUAGCGUUGACCAUCCUAACUUACUAAAACUAUUAGCCGUUUGCAUGACCUCACAAAUGAUGCUGAUUACGCAACUGAUGCCUCUAGGUUGUCUACUAGAUUUUGUCAGGAAAAAUCACGAUAAAAUCGGCUCUAAAACAAUGCUGAAUUGGUGUACGCAAAUCGCAAGAGGAAUGGCUUAUUUAGAAGAAAAACGUUUGGUUCAUAGAGACUUAGCAGCCAGAAACGUGCUGGUCCAAAAACCCUCUUGCGUUAAAAUAACUGAUUUUGGCCUGGCCAAACUUCUAGACAUCAAUGAAGAGGAAUACAAGGCAGCAGGAGGCAAAAUGCCCAUCAAAUGGCUAGCCUUAGAGUGCAUCCAGCACAGGAUAUUCACUCACAAGUCCGACGUUUGGGCUUUUGGCGUUACUGUUUGGGAACUGCUCACUUUCGGCGGUAGGCCCUAUGACAAUGUACCUGCAAGAGACGUACCCGAAUUAUUGGAAAAAGGCGAACGACUGCCUCAACCUAGCAUUGCCACAAUCGACGUUUACAUGAUCAUGAUCAAAUGUUGGAUGCUGGAUGCUGAAAGCCGGCCCUGUUUUAAGGAGCUGGAAGAUGAUUUUUCAAAGAUGUCUCUAGAUCCGGGACGAUAUCUUAUGAUUCCAGGCGAUCGGUAUAUGAGGCUUCAAGGUGGACUAAGUACGCCAUUGAGUGACAGAGAUAUGGUGCGUUCGCUGGCCUCAGAAAACAUGGACGCGUCGGAAAUGGACGAUUACAUGCACCAGCCAAAAUCCAGGGUGCCGUUCCACGGUACCGGGAUGACAUCAUUGUCGGGCGCCAUGUCAGUGUCGCCGACUCCCGACAAGUACUGGCACUCGCAGCAAGUCAACUCAGAUGGCAGUUCGAUGUAUCCGAAUUCGCAAAAUAAUUUCAAUCAUAAACUUGUCAGAUAUAACCAAGGUAUGCAUCGACACUUCAAUCCGAGCUUGCAAGGAACCCAGUCCGACAUUUCCUCCAUCAAAUACUGCGGCGACUCGCUAAAAUUCCGCGAAACCGACAUCGGAUCGGACGAGUACGACUCGAGCGGCAAAUCGCAGCACGCCCAAGUCGGUACCUUGAAACUGGAACUGCCGAUCGACGAAGACGACUACCUGAUGCCCUCGCCUCAGCAGCACAUAACUCAAGGUCCUUCGGCCUACUUGGACCUUAAAAACACCACUGAUCACGUGGUUAAUCCUUACUCGGAGUUGUUCCAAAAUAACAUUGAUAAUCCUGAGUAUUUGAUGAAUAGUGCACCGGAUCAGACUGUGGGGCUUCCGGAUGUUAGUGAUUUUGCUGUGCCUCAAUCUCCGGGGGUUGUUGAAGGAGCUAAAGGGCCUUAUUUGCCUAGGAGUAGCGAAGAGGAAAGUGAUCAUGAAUGCUACAACGAUUUUGAUAGGUUAAGGCGAGAGCUACAGCCUUUACAAAAAACUAAAGAUGGUGCAAUCGUUUAGAUUGUGAACCAGCACUUACAAAGUGAUUUUUUAGUUAGUAAUCAACGCACAAUUAUUGAACUGAUAGGAUUUAUAUAUGUACAAAACAAAAAUAAUGGCCUUUUGUACUUUACGUGCUUAAAAGGCUGUGCAAAAUGGUGAUUUUAAUUGGCUAUCCAUCCGAUUGGAAUCAAAGCUUCUCUCCCAGUAAAAUAUUCUUAUAAAACUACUUAACUAGAGUUUAAGCAAGUGUCAAAUAGACAAUAACUGAAUCGUGCCAUUUUAUUUUUUUUAAAAAAUGGCCCUUUAUUUUUUUUUUUGUAAAUAGUUUUUAUAUUUUAUUGUAUAUAUAAUUUGCGCAAUAAGUUGGUGAUUUGUAACUUGAAGAUGUAAUUCCUGGGCCAGAUCCUAAAUGUAAAUCUUGCCCAAUCUUUUUUUUUUAUUCGAUCUGUGAUAAUCUUAUUUUAUACGUGUAAAAAUGGUUUUAAUGUUUAGUUGAUUCGUUUUAGGGUUUUUUUAUAUUGUUUAAGCAGCAACUAAUCUCGAUUGUGAAAAAUCUCAUUCCUUAAAUUUUAAUUUGUUUUUGUUAAGUCUCAUUUUGUAAUUAACACGAAAUUUUGUUAACUGCACUAAACUUUGUGCCAUUUUUAUAAAUUUAUUGAAAAGUGCCUUUAUAUUAUUGUAUAUUGAUUUUUAUUUUCAUUCAUUUGAUAAAUUUAUGUGGUUUUUUAAAUAAAAUAAAAAUAUAUU